CAACGUUCUUUAGCCUUGUUAUGAUAGCACUACCUGACAUCUACGUUUCCCUAGGAAGGGCUUCUCGAAAGUGCCUCAAUUAUCCAAGCACUUUGUCGAUUUCAACAUCUGUGGUCUGAAAAAUCUCCCAACCGGUCGGCUCAUGUGAGCGGAGGUUGUGGAAUCCGGGUAACGAAGACGAAUUUGGCACUACAAUCGGUAACACUCUCUAGUGGUCCACAUGGGCAAUAGAAGAACGAAGAAAUCCGGGGCCGAUCUAAAGAAGGAAAUUGAGGACGAGAUGGCACGCGUGCGCUUGGAUUACAAACGAGACUACAAAGAAACCGCUUUUGUAUCGUACGACUACAUUACCAGACUCUUGACGUCCACACAACCCAUCAACAAACUACGAGAUAGCCUCCGGGCUGAUCAGAGCACGCCGGAAUUUGAAGGUUAUCCCAGGAGAAAAGGGUUGAAGAACUUGGAGAGGGACGUGAAGCAAAAGGCACCGAAGCUUUAUUCAGUCCUUCUGCUUGUGGGCAAGCCACAGCGGAUUGGGCAGCUUUUGCGAGACAACGUUACCGAUGAAAUAUUCGGCCAGGUUGAAGGUGGCGUCGGCCCCUCCUGUCCCAAGAAGUAUUUGCGUAGAUGUCGACAUUUCCAGGGGAUUGCAGAGGACUUUUACCAAAUGCAGUGGCAUAUUCCUCCGAUUCUUUCCGAUGAGAGUCACCAGAUAUACCCAGUAGAAUGCUUCCGUUUCCCGUUUGUGGCUGCGCCUGAAUACAUUGCUCGUGGGAGUUUUGGUCAUGUUCAUACAGUCACGAUUGCGAAGGGACACUUAAGAACAAAUGACUAUGACCAAGAACCCAUCGUGGCAUACAAGAUGGUGAAGAAAGAUGACGACGUGACUUGGGAUAAGCUGCUGAGAGAGGUCGAAACGAUCCGAGUGCGACGACAUGACAAUAUCGUUCCCUUACUCGCUAGCUUCUCAGCUGGACGUGAAAAUCCCUUGGAAAAGUACUGCAAGAAAGAAAGCUUACAUAUGCUUUUCCCGCAUACCAAGGCCGGCGAUAUGAAAGCUUGGCUAGAAAGAGACAGCUGGCCGCAGGACCUGAGGAAUGAAGAAGCUCGUCGAACAUACAUUUUCGAAACCAUACAAGGCCUUGUAUCUGGUGUCGCAUUCAUCCAUAGAGAGAUUCAAAAUCGCAUAGCCUUCCAUCACGAUUUGAAGCCUAGCAACAUACUCCUUUUUGAGAGAACGGGAUCCCGGCCAAUGUGGAAGAUUUGUGACUUCGGCAAUGCGAAUCUUAGAGAUCGGGACGACACUGAGACCGUUAAAACAAAAGAUAACGUAUUUGGCACAUACGUCUACAAACCUCCAGAAUACUUUGUAAAGAAGGAAGGAGAGCAGCCAAAGCACGGACGACCUUUCGAUGUCUAUUCUCUUGGAUGUGUAUGCUUGGAUCUUGCAACGAUACUGAAGUUCGUCGUCGGGCUGAAAAUACGGAGCACGUAUACUAUGGGGACGAGAAACCGGAUCCCCCUGAACCCGAUUACUCUUUUCACAACAAUCCGAAGGUCGUCGAGUGUUGGAUCAAUCAUCUCAAGGAAGGACGCAAAGGAAGCAGUUCCGACAAGCUAGAACAGCUCCUCAGUCUGAUAUCGGAAAUGCUAAGGGACAAGGACCAGAGAAUAUUUGCCUGGGAAGUCGAAAUUGACCUGUACGAAAUGCAAAAUCCCAUUUCAAACGAAGAAGAUCUUCGAAAGAUUCAAAAGCGACUCGAAGAGAUUGUUCAGCCAUCUAAAAUGUCCCUGAACAGUUUGGAUGAUGUGCAUAAUCCCUUGCAGAGGG